CACAGUUUCCCAGAAUCCCGUUGUACCGCUCUGUUGACAGAGUCACUCGGCGAGCCGAAAAGAGACGAACAUCGGGGCGAUGGACCGCUGCUGGACUCUAUGAGGAGUCGGCUUAAUAACUUUCUCAAACUGAGGACGAAACGUCUGGGAAAAUACCGCGGACGCUUUUGCUCCAACUUCGCCGGAGAGAGGUGGUGGAGCGGUUGCCAUGGUGGAUAAAAUGUCAAGUUUCCUGCACAUUGGGGACGUUUGCUCCCUUUAUGCCGAGGGCUCUACCAGUGGCUUCAUAAGCACUCUGGGGUUGGUUGAUGACAGAUGUGUUGUCCAACCAGAUGCAGGGGACCUGAACAACCCACCCAAGAAGUUCAGGGACUGUCUGUUCAGACUGUGUCCCAUGAACAGAUACUCUGCACAGAAACAGUUCUGGAAAGCUGCCAAACCUGGAGGAACCAGCACCACAGAUACUGUUCUGCUCAACAAACUCCAUCAUGCUGCUGAUUUAGAAAAGAAACAAAAUGAAUCGGAGAACAAAAAGCUUUUAGGAACAGUCAUUCAGUAUGGCAACGUCAUCCAGCUUCUCCAUCUGAAGAGUAAUAAGUAUCUGACAGUAAAUAAGCUACCAGCUCUUCUUGAGAAGAAUGCCAUGCGUGUAACCCUGGAUGCUGCAGGGAAUGAAGGCUCGUGGUUCUACAUUCAACCCUUCUAUAAGCUCCGCUCUAUUGGAGACAACGUGGUCAUUGGAGAUAAGGUUGUGUUAAACCCCGUCAAUGCCGGACAGCCACUUCAUGCCAGUAGCCAUCAACUUGUUGAUAAUCCAGGAUGCAAUGAGGUGAAUUCAGUGAACUGCACCACCAGUUGGAAAAUUGUUCUUUAUGAAUGGAGUGACAACCAGGAGGUUGUCUUAAAAGGAGUAUACGUGGUGAGGCUGUUCCAUGCAGAGCAGGAGAAGUUUUUGACAUGCGACUUAACACAGAAAAAGCAGUAUGUCUUUUGCGCACUCACCGGUGCUCAGUCUGCAACCUCUGCCACUAGUAGCAAAGCGCCUGGGAGGCUGAGCAUGAUCUCCUGCAGAGGCGGAGCCGGCUACUGGAACAGUCUCUUUAGGUUCAAACAUCUGGCCACUGGCCAUUACCUCGCUGCAGAGGUAAAUCCAGACUAUGAAGAAGAAUGCCUGGAGACCUGCUCCUCUCUGAUUCAGAGCAGGGAAGUGAUGCGAGCACGCACGCAACCUCAGGACAAGGUUAUGUAUACGCUGGUGUCUGUUCCUGAUGGAAAUGACAUAUCGCCGAUCUUUGAGCUUGACUCUACUACCCUGAGAGGAGGAGACUCUCUUGUGCCAAGAAAUUCAUAUGUGAGGCUCGUGUAUCUCUGCACAAAUACAUGGGUUCACAGCACCAACCAGCCAAUAGAUAAAGAGGAAGAGAAACCGUCAUGCUCAGAGUGAAUAGGAACGUUUCCUCUGAAGGAAGAUAAAGAGGCUUUUGCUAUAGUGCCAGUUUCUCCAGCUGAGGUUCGUGGAUCUGGAUUUAGUAAUGAUGCUAGUAAAGUCUUAGCUUCCAUUGCAGCCAAACUGGAAAAGGGCACCAUCACCCAGAAUGAGAGGAGUGGACAAAGCUUUUCUGCUGGAGGAUCUAUGUAUUUUGUGGUGACAUUCUCACAGUGCUCAUGGGAUGUGCUGGAGAUCAAAGCAGUCAACAAAACUAAUAGAGAUGUGCAGAAACUCAUGAGAGCAGCAGGAAAUAUACUCAAACAGAUAUUCAAGCCGCUUCAGGUCCCAUCCACUGACAGUGGGGACGGCCCUAUGUUACAUGCGCCUGGAAGAACUUCUGCAGACCAACGCCAUGCUCCCUUUCAUUACAUCUGUCGGUUCUGCUACAGAGUCCUACGCCACUCACAACAGGACUAUCGUAAAAACCAGGAGUACAUAGUAAAGCUAUUCCGGUUCAUGCAGAAGCAGAUAGGAUAUGAUGUGCUUGCUGAGGACACUCACACAGCCCUGCUGCACAACAACAGGAAGCUUUGGGAGAAACACAUCACUGUAGCUGAGAUAGAGCCAAUUUUGUCAGCCCAUUCAUGCAAGAACAGAGAGCCCAGGAUUUCUGGACUAAUGGCUGAUUUCCAGGUGUGUUCAUGAAUAAAUCCCAUUCCUGUCACACAAGAACUCAUCUGUAAUGCUGUACUGACUCCAGCCACGCAGAGUGUGUUUGUGUGUGUCAGACUUGUGUUAUCACGGUUUGAGGUGUGCAGGAAGAGUGUUUAUGAGAGUGCAGAGGAGGAAGAGGAGGAUGAGGAGGAGGUAUGGUUGUUCGGGAAAGACAGUAGAGGAGAGAUGGAGAGUAAAGCCAGAGAGUUUGCACAGGAUGCCAAAGAUGGAUGGACUGAGGACCUGGAAGUUAAUAAUUAUUAUAGGUAUCCACACAAUACUACAAGCUCCUAUGAUGCAGUGAGGAAAAUCUGUCACAACCGGGAUGUGGAUCUGAUCCUGGCCAGUAUGUCAGAUGAAGAUCAGCCUUUUGACCUCAGAUCUUCAUUCCUCUGCCGCAUGAUGCUGCACAUACAUGUAGACCGUGACUUCAGGACAGGCAAGGUUACACUCUGGGUUGUGAACUCCAUGAGGAACCUCCAUUCAUUUUUUGGGCUUUAUAACUUCAGUGACCUGCUAAGGCUGACCAAAAUCCUUGCUGACAUUCCUGAAUGUGUCCAUAUCAGCACUCCCUUCCCUGUCAAGCCGCCUGAGACUGGUGCUAAUGUCAUGCGUCCAAACCAUGUGGGAGAGCUGAUGACACAGGUGGUGCUGAGGGGUGGAGGGUCUUGCCAGUUACCAGCCACAACCCUCCUGGGACAGAGAGAUGAAGUGAAAGCCCAGACUGAACCUCAGAAACAAGAUAUACUAGUGAUGGACACUAAACUCCAAGUCAUUUUUUAUGUGUCUAUUCUAAAUGUGCGGUUGGACUACAGGACUUCCUUCUGCCUGCUCUGUAUUUUUUAAACAGAGUUUUAUGAGAGCAACUCUCAAACAGAGCCAUCUGGUAAACCAGGACUCUCCUGCCAGUGUUCAAGGGCGCGCUGGACUUUGGAACACAUUGAAGAGCAAGAGGGAUUUUUGGAUAAAGGCAGAAGUAAGAAAUCUCUGAUCUUGAUGGAUCAUGGCCGGACGUUUCGAGGGUGUUACUGCACUCUGACCAUGCAUGACUAUCUCUCCGCUGGUUUCACGAAGCCUCUUCACCUCUUCCGACACUUCAGCCAGCGCAGAGGCCUUACAGGCUUUUGCCAGGUUCAGCUCCUGGUGACCAGUCAGGAUGUGGAAAAUUACAAGCAGAUCAAGUCAGAUUUGGACCAGCUGAGGUCUAUAGUAGAGAAAUCAGAGCUGUGGGUCUAUAAGAGACAGGGGUCAGACUCAGGGAUGGACGCUGGAGAGGGUGCAAAUGAAGCGCACCACAAGGGUGUCAUCAACUCAAGUAGAUCAGACAAACCCAAAGUUGAGAGCACCAGCAGCUCAAACUACAGAGUUGUGAAGGAGAUCCUUCUGAGGUUGAGUAAAUUGUGUGUUUUGGGAGGCAUCUCUGGCAAGAAGAAUAAGAAACAGCAGCAGCGGCUCCUCAGGAACAUGGGAGCUCACAGUGGUCUGGAACUGUUGCAGAUCCCUUAUGAGAAGGGCGAGGAUGUUCAGAUGCAAGAGAUUAUGACUUUAGCUCAUCAGUUCCUUCAGAACUUUUGCGCUGGAAAUCAACAGAACCAGGCACUUCUGCACAAACACAUUAACCUGUUCCUCAACCCUGGGAUUCUAGAGGCAGUGACCAUGCAGCAUAUUUUCAUGAAUAAUUUCCAGUUGUGUAGUGAGAUUAACGAGCGGGUAGUGCAGCACUUUGUGCACUGCAUCGAGACACACGGACGCAGUGUCCACUACCUCAAGUUCCUCCAAACCAUUGUAAAGGCUGAGAACAAGUUCAUCAAGAAAUGCCAAGACAUUGUCAUGGCUGAGUUGGUGACAGCGGGUGAAGAUGUGUUGGUGUUCUACAAUGACCGGGCAUCUUUUCAAUCAUUGGUUCAAAUGAUGCGCUUUGAGAGGGAACGACUUGAUGAGAGCAGUGCACUCAGGUAUCAUAUUCACUUAGUGGAGCUGCUGGCUGUGUGCACUGAAGGGAAGAAUGUCUACACUGAGAUCAAAUGCAACUCCCCUCCCCUCGAUGAUAUUGUACGUGUGGUGACUCACGAAGACUGCAUCCCAGAGUGUGUGAAGAUGGCCUAUGUGAACUUCCUGAAUCACUGCUAUGUAGACACAGAGGUUGAGAUGAAGGAGAUCUACACCAGCAAUCACAUGUGGAAACUGUUUGAUGAUUUCCUGGUGGACAUUUGCAGAACAUUAAACACGGCUUCCUGUAGGUGUGUGCAUAACACAAGUGACCGCAAGCAUGCUGACACAGUUCUGGAGCGCUACGUUACUGAGACAAUCAUGAGCAUCGUCACCACCUUUUUCAGCCUCACCGUUUCUCAGACCAGAGCACAAAGUUUGCAGACCCGGCAGCCAGUGUCGAGUAGCUGCUGCAGGGAGUUUUUCCGGUAUCACUGCAACUGGCUGCUCCUGCCAGAAGGCAAUGGGAGGCUUCGUAUCAAAGUGCUGGACCAAAGGUGUAGAGCCAUAGCCACCUCUGUGGAUCUGGACUGUCAGGUGAAUAAUUUGUUCAUGAAGUCAAACAACAUAGUGCAGAAAACAGUCCUGAUGAGACAUCCGUCUCAGAAUGCCACGGGAAGAGAUUCUGUUAUGACCACCUCCAGAGACUACCGUGAACAUUAGAAAGAUCAUGAAAGAGUGAUGUCCUAUCUGGAAGAGCGGUUGAGGCCUCUGGUUCAGGCUGGAGCUGUUCAGGCUGGGUGGGAUGUCCUCCAUCGUCCAGAACUGCUGUCAGAACACACUGGAAGCCCAUCGAAGUGUGAGAGUGGAGGCUUCAUCUGCAAGUAUGAUGAACUCUCACUGUACCUGAUUGAUAAACAUACUAAGCAACUUCUAGAAGAGAAUGAGGAGAGGCUUUGUAUCAAAGUUCUGCAGACGCUCAGAGAAAUGAUGACCAAAGACAGAGGAUAUGGAGAGGAAGGUUGGGGAUUUGAUGAUGAGAUGGAUGUCACUGAGGUGGUGGAUUUUGAGUCUGCACUGAAACAGCUGGAGGAUCAAGGAGGGGGUUUGAGUAGGGCUGAGAUGUCAUUGAUGGAGGUGCAAUGCCACCUGGACCGUGAAGGAGCGCCCACCUUGUUAUUGAUCUUGGCUAUGAAUACUACCAGUGACCGUGUCUUCCACUUAAGCAUACCAUUGGCCAUUGCACUACUGGGAGGGUGGGAACACCAUCACAAGCACUCCUUCUUCAAACGUUUAACAGAAGACAAAAUGGAGAAGUUUUUUGUGUGUUUUUAUGACAGAAUGAAAGCUGCUCAGUUGAGAUCAGUUACAGUUACCACAACACUAGUGACUGGGCAACAAACUGGGCGUGAUGACAACACUCCAGACAAAGAGACCCCACAACGCUCGGGAGAGGUUGGGGCUAAGCCAGUGCUUUAUAUCUCAAUAUACGCUCAGCUGUUGGAGGUAUCUGCUGUGACUAAGAAGGCCUAUGGUCUGUAUCGACGAGAUGCUGAUCCUGAGGAGGCUUAUGGCACCAAGGCAGAUGGAGACAAAGGAGGUGGAGAUAAAGGAACAGAGCAGGGUGAGAUGAGCCCUGUCAUCAUCAUGCAGCCAAUCCUUCGCCUCCUACACUGCUGUGAGAAAUCCAUAAUCGGACUUUCAGAAUUUUUCCGUUGUCAACAACAGAACAACUAUAACCUUGUGUGGUGAAACCCCGUGUUCCUGGACUGCAUCUGUGGAAGUACAACAGGAGGUCUGGGGCUGUUAGGGCUGUAUAUUAAUCAGCAUAAUGUGGCUCUCACUAAUCAGACUGUAGAGAGUCUCACUGAAUACUGUCAAGGGCCACACGAUAACCACAGGCAAAAUUGCAUUGCCACCCAUGAGCUAAUGGGCAUUGACAUCAUUAUUGCAUUGAUUCUGAAUGAUAUUAAUCCACUGGGCAGAAAGAAUGAUCUGGUUCUAGAACUAAAGAAUAAUGCAUCUAAGCUGCUGCUGGCCAUCAUGGAGACACAAGACAGUGAGAAUCUAGAAAGAAUCCUCUACAACAUCCGCUCAAACCUAUCUGUGUGCGUUCGUGUUUAAGGUGGGAAGUGGAUGAAAAUGGCCUACCAGCAGGGGAAGUGAGAGUUCGAGGAUGAGGAAAGGGAGAAUGGAGAGGACCAUGCUGCCUCACUCUCGAAUGUUGGACACAACAUCUAUAUCCUUGCACAUCAGCCGUCACGCCGCAAUAAGGAGUUGCCAUUACUGAAACCAGGUGGGGAGGACUAGGCUCUGGAGAUAUACACUAAACAUACCGCAUAGAUAGAGAUAGUCCGGCAGGAUCGCACUCAUGGAACAGAUUGUGCUCUUCGUACUCAAAUAUCUGCUUCUUUUCUGACAAAUGAGUUCAAGCUGGGUGUACUAUGGUACAAGAGAGACGAACAGGGCAGUAAAAAUAAACACUUCUUCCUGCACGCAGACGCACUCUUCAAUGUGAAAAUGAGGUGGCAGAAAAAGCUAAGAGCACAGCCAGUGUUGUACUGGUGCACGAACAUGUCAUUCUGGAGUAAUGUGUCUUUUAACCUGGCUGUUCUCAUUAACCUGUGCCAGGUGGCGGUCUCUUACUCCUCUGACGGAAUGAGUGAAAGUGGAGUCUUACUAGAUCCUUCUCUUUCUCUGUUGCUGUGGGUGGUGUUUGUUGGGCUCUUGGGGUUUGUGUUGAUGUCACCGAUCAACGCAGUGCGAGUGCUGGUCAUCUCCAGUGUGCUGCAGCUAAGCCCGUGGCCUGCAGCAUAUGCUGACACUUUGGGAGCUUUUAAUGUUUGUAAUAAGAUAGUGUUCAUGUUGAGCUUUGUGGGUAAUCAGGACGUUUACCUCCGUGGUUACUGGGUGAUGGUGGAUGGAUAGGAGUUCCUGUUUAAUUCGCUGUACCUUCUCAUCUGCACUCUGGGCCUUGGACAUGUCUUCUUUAAGGAAGAGACUCUUUUGAACGCUAUCAAGAGUGUGACUCGAAUGGUCACUAUUGUCCUGAUUGCCUGUCUGGGCCCGAUCCUGGUUUACCCUCUUCCAUUGUUAUUAAGUAUGUUCUUUAAGGAUGACUUCAUUUUGGAGGUGAACCGAUUCCCAACUUCUACCUGGCGCAGCGUGAUUCUCUGUGGAUGUGGUAUGAUCACUGCACUGAGUCUGGGUCUCAGGAGUGGUGGUGGAGUUGGAGAUGUUCUACAGUUUACCCAAAGAGAAAGAUCUGUAUGGUGUUUGCAGGAGCCUGUUCGCCGCAUCGGUCGGUAUGACCUUCUGUUCUUCUUCUUUCCACAUCAUCGUGCUGGACCUGAUCUUUACGCUAUCAUUGAUACAUUUGCUGAUCUGAGAAGUUAUGAAGCAGAGGAGGAAAUCCUCAAGACUAUAUGUGUUUCUCCAGGUCUGGAGAGAGACAAGUUUGGAUAAUAAAACAGGACGUUCGAGGAGCACAUCAAGGAAGAGCACAACCUGUGGCAUUACCUGUACUUCAUUGUGCUGGUGCGGGUCAAGGCCACUGAAUACACAGGCCCCGAGGAGUCAUAAGCCGCUCAGAUGAUCAAGGAACACAAUCUGACUGGGUUCACGUAUGAGGCCAUGUCGCUGGUCAGCAGUGAUGGUGAGGGUGAACAAAAUGAACCGCGUAGGGUUUGCAGGAGAAACUAGGAGUCCACAAUGAGGCUGGUCUCCAACCUGACUAAUCAACUCACAGAGCCUGGUGAUGAGCAGAUGACUGAGCAGAGGAAACACAAGCAGCGAUUGGUCUGGUUGAAACCCUGCCUCCACCUCAACAUCAACCCACAGCAGCCGGGCGUGAGAGGUAGGCCUGGAGGUCUGUCUGACAUAAUGAGCCUCAUUCCAGCAGCUUUAAAAACUAUCUUGACAUGGACACUUACAUAG